CACGUGAAGUGCGGCGUGUAAGCCCGCCCGGGGUGCGUAAACCGUCGGGGGCGGCGGCGCCAUCCCCGCGAACCGCGCGGAGGUGCCGGCAGACGUCGGUGCCGAGCUGGUGUCGGAGACGGAAGCUCGGCUGCCGCGGAGAUCACGACCACCGCCGUUAGCGCUGUGAAGGGCGGAGAUUUGAUCUUCACUCUCUCUCUCUCUCUCUCUCUCUCUCUCUAAGAUUCUGUUUGUUUAUUCCAGAGACCCCGAGAGAGGGGCAGGGACCCAGGCAGGGGGAGAAGCAGGCUCCCUGCAGGGGGCCCGAGGCGGGACUCCUUCCCAGCACCCCGGGGUCUCGAUCCGAGCCGCCCGGGCGCCUGGAGCCUCGCUCGCAGACCCUUUCAUCCCCUCCCCACAACGAAAGGACUGUCCUUUGACCCUGGGGAGAAUGGGCUCUGUACGUGCGGGUUCGCGCUCCUUCCAGCCUCGGCCCAGCUGACAGCAGGUGAUGAGCGGAGGCCGCUCGUCCGCCGAGACACUGGAGUGCUGCGACGUGGGGCGGCGGGGCCACGUGCGACACGUAAUGAUGACACAAAGCUGAGUAAGGAAAUGAUUCCCUUUCCCCGGGACGCUGCACUUAAAAGUACCGUAGCAAGAAAGAGGGUCUUCUAAUCUCGCAGGGAGCCGGGGAGGGGCUGGCUCUAGAAUGAGUGCGGUUUGUCUGAACUGAGGAGGCGUAGAAGCCGGGAAUGACCUACCCCUUCCCGCGAUAACCGAGCCGGUUUGGACUAGGUCAUCUUUUUAAGAAAUCACGGUGUUGCCGGAAUGAAUCCUUUCAUGUUUCCGUGGACUCCGCAGAAACAGAGACAAAAGGUCAUCUGGAUCAUACCAGCAAGAAAUGGUUCAUGAGCGCCCACCAGGUGCUCGCUGCUGUUCACGAACUAGGGAUACAGCAGUGCAUAAGGAGCUUGCAUUUGUGAGCUAAACAGCCAGAAAAUGUUUUAUUUGUUAGCUUUGCAGAGUCAUUGAAAUAUAUACAAUGACUUCACAGUGUUCUAAACAAGGUUAGAAGGCUACGAGCUGAAACAUAACUAUGACCCUGUAUUUUAAAUAUACUACUCAGGAAAGUUCUUUAUCUUUGAAGAUGUACCGGGUUACUUUGGUUGUUUCAGCUCUUUGGAGUGUGUUGCAAAAAGGGAUACUGAUUUUUAUUCUUAUUUUUUUAGAAUUAUAUUUCUAGUUUAACCGGUGAUGCUCCAACCCGUGGGAGUAAAAAGGAAGAAGUGAACAUAAAAUUUUUUGUGUUUUGAGGUGCUUAAAAAAUAAAUGCUAACACAUUUCUCUCAAACCUGAAAUACCUUCAAAAGCAUACUAUCGGUAGCUUACUACCUUAUCUACUCUACUUUGGAUUUGCAAGAUUUGGCCUCGAAAGAAAGUAUAUUACUGAAAAACCAUGUCUUUGUCAUUAAGGACUAGGAAACGGCAUUCAAGAUACUUUGGAAGCAUUACUUUUAAUACACCUAUUUGUUCUGGCCUCAGUUGGGGAGGAGUCACUUCAAAUUAACAGGAUUCUCUUCUUGGGAGUACAUUUGCUAAUAAAUCUUCCCAGUCACUUUUACUUAAUAUUCAAUCUGCAAAAGGAAUAUUUUUGAUCACCAAUGACAUUGAGGAUAUUUUUAUCAUUGUUUUGAUGAUUUCCAAAAGACUUAAGUGAAGGUAGAAUUGCUGCCCGUAAGGGCAGAACACCUUACAUGACUGGUUUUCUGAAGACAGAAGAUGCCAUUGUUAAUUUAAAAGUCAUGAAUUUUCUAUUCCAACAUGCCAGCUGCCCAGAUUCAUCUGGAGGAUUUGGUCUUCAGUGUUACUAAAUCUGUUUUCAAAACUUUUAGCCUGUCCCUUGAAUUCUGUGUGUUGACACAGAUUGCCUUUUGUUCAUUUUCUUAUUUUACUAGCACAUCUAGUAUGUGGACCAGACCUUUCUCUAUCAGAUAUUUCACUGCCCAGAUUUCCUCCCACAUGCACAACAGGUGGAUUUCAUCACAGAUUAAUUCAGCAGCUCUUUUCUGAAUGUAGUGCUGGGAACAGUGAGAGAGUUCAAAAGAAUUUACAGUCUGAAGUACUCAGGGAGAGAAAUAUACAUAUUGUACUAGACACAAGAGACACAAAAUAACCAAGAUAAGGAUGCUGGGAGCCUGUGCUUAGAACUGGAGAGGUCUCCUAAUUCUGAGCAAUAGGUUCUAACAUUUUAGCUUUAUGCAUUAGAACGUAGUUUACAUUAGACUAAAAUUUAGCUUGAAACAGAAUUGCAGAAUUGGACUCCAGGGAUCUUGAAGAAGAAAAAAAAAACACACACACACCACCACCACCUUAUGUGUUCUAGGAACACACUGGUUCAUUUGCCUUUCAGUAGAACGAUCAAAACAAGCCAAAAAAAGAACUGAGGAACUCUGUGAGGUUUUGAGGAAUGCAAAAAUAAAAGGGCUUUAUUUUCUUUCUCUUUCCUUUCCUUCUUUUUUCUUUCUCUUUUUUUCUUUUUUGAGACACUGUUCUGCAAGAUAUCAGUAGGGCCAAUUUAGUCAAGAUAAUUUGAAAGUAACUUCAAGUAAAUCUCCCUUUAAAAAGUCCCACUGAAACCGCAAUUCAGAUUGUUUUUGUUCUCAAGAGAGAAGAUAUAGAAUGUUUAACCCUAAUGAAUUACAAGUAGACGCUUCCUACUACACCUACUUGAUGGAUGGAUGGUUGCUUUGCUUUGGUAUUGCAUCCGUUGACCGUGCCAUCUCGGGAUGCCAGUGAGCUUUGUGCUGUUAAGUGGAGAUGUGCUGUGUGCAUGCAUAGGAGUGCAGACGUACGGUGUUUUUGCCGAUUGGGGUGCAAACAUGGUAUGUCAGUGGCACAUAUGCCGUUUGAGCACUGGGGUGCACCGUGCCGUGUUGGAGUGCAAGCGUGCCAUGUUGGGGUGCAGACGUACCGUACUGGAGUGCAGAUGUGCUGUGUCGGGGUGCAAGCGUGCUGUGCUGGGGUGCAGAUGUGCUGUAAGGUGCAAGUGUGCUGUGUCGGGGUGCAAGCGUGUUGUACUCGGGUGCAGACGUGCAGUGUUGGGGAGCAUACUGCUGUGUGGGGGUGCAGACGUGCCGUGUAGUAUGCAAGCGUGCUGUCCUAGGGUGCAGACGUGCUUCCGGAUUAGGCGAGGAGCCGGAGGCAGGUGCCCACACCGUGAACUCUGGCUGGCAGCGGCCUCCCGCGCCCCGGCCCCGACUCGCCCGCGUCAGCACAAACACCGCGCACCGCAGGAUCCGAGGAGCAGAAGGGCCGCCUCCUCCCCGCGAGAAGGUACAGCUGCGGACCGACCGUCUACGAUCACGCGCACCUGGGCCACGCCUGCUCAUAUGUUAGGUUUGAUAUCAUCCGGAGGAUCCUCACCAGGGUUUUUGGAUACAACGUCAUCAUGGUGAUGGGAAUCACAGAUGUGGACGAUAAAAUUAUUCACAGAGCCUCUGAGAUGAACAUGUCACCUGCUUCUCUCGCCAACCUCUAUGAAGAGGAAUUUAAACAAGACAUGGCAGCCUUGAAGGUCCUGCCGCCCACGGUGUACGUGAGGGUAACUGAAACCAUCCCCCAGAUCAUUUCUUUCAUCGAGGGCAUCAUUGCUAAUGGGCACGCUUAUUCAACAGCACAAGGCAAUGUCUACUUCGAUCUGCAGUCGAGAGGAGACAAGUACGGCAAGCUAGUUGGUGUGGUCCCCGGUCCACUUGGAGAGCCAGUUGAUUCCGACAAGCGGCAUGCCAGUGACUUUGCCCUGUGGAAGGCAGCCAAACCCCGGGAGGUGUUCUGGGCCUCUCCUUGGGGAAACGGAAGACCUGGCUGGCACAUAGAAUGUUCCACCAUCUCAAGCUUGGUGUUUGGAAGCCAGCUGGACAUCCACUCGGGUGGGGUCGAUUUAGCUUUUCCGCAUCACGAGAACGAGAUUGCCCAGUGCGAGGCCUUCCAUCAGUGCAAGCAGUGGGGAAAUUAUUUUCUGCAUUCUGGGCAUUUGCAUGUGAAAGGCAAAGAAGAAAAAAUGUCCAAAUCACUGAAAAAUUACAUUACUAUUAAGGACUUUCUGAAGACGUUUUCCCCUGAUGUCUUCCGGCUCUUCUGCAUGCGGAGCAGCUACCGGGCAGCCAUUGACUACAGCGACGGCACCAUGCUGGAAGCCAAGCACCUCCUCCUGGUGGUGGCAGCAUUUGUGGAGGACGCCCGGGCCUACAUGAAGGGGCAGCUGGUGUGCAGCCCCAUCAGGGACGAUGUGCUGUGGGAGAGGCUCUGCCACACCCAGGAAGCUGUGAAGGCCGCCUUGGCAGACGACUUCGACACGCCUGCAGCGGUGGAUGCCAUCAUGGACCUCAUCCACCACGGGAACAGACAACUGAAGGCGCGCACAAAGGAACCCGGCGGUCCCAGGAGUCCUGCCGUGUUUGGCUCCAUCGUGUCCUACAUCAAACAGUUCUUCGAGACCGUUGGGAUUUCUCUGGUGGACAGACAGUUGGUUUCAGACGACAGCAGUCGGGCUACUCUACACAGCGUGGUGGAGGAGCUGGUCCGGUUCCGGCUCAAGGUCCGGCAGUUCGCCCUGGCCACAGAAGCGGCCACCUGGGAGGCUGGACGGCAGCAGCUCCUGGACAGGCGGCCCCUGCUAGAGGCGUGUGACACUUUGCGCCGGGACCUUGCUGCCCAUGGCAUCAGCAUUAAGGAUAGGAGCAGCACAUCCACGUGGGAGCUGCUGGAUCACAGGACCCAAGACCACAAACCAGGGAGCUGAGGACUUCCAGCACAUUCUGUGCUUAAGUCACGGUAACAGCUUUAUAUCCAACUUUCCCAUUGUGCCUGAUGGUCAACAUUAAAGUCAAACUGAUUCCA